AUGUUCAGCCAGCUGAGCAACUUGCAUGCACAUGAGCGGGUCCACACCGGUGUAAAACCUUUUUCUUGCGAUAUCUGUCCAAAAUCGUUUGCCCAGCGAACAACCCUCAUUAACCACAAACGAUCACAUGCCGCCAAGGCACACAAUGCGUCCCUCAUGCUGGGUAAACAUAUGUCAGCCGAUGCAAUGGCCAUGCAUCUUGGUACUGCUGGGGCUGGCAGCAACAGCAGCACUGGCAGCAGCUUGAACUGCAAUAUCAAAGUCCCUUUAGCGAACCCUGGAGGUCGAGGGUCUCUAGGACCAAACUCUGGGAGUAGUGAGGCUAACACGGACAACCGUGAUGAUAUAUCUGGAUCUGGGUGCAAACUGAAAAAUGAUGAAAGUGGCGAGUGCUCAUUGACUCCCUCGCAGGCACCUUCAUCACAUCAUCCCCAUCAUCCCAAUCCACUUCAGGUUCCCACUCCAUCAGGCAGGCUCCCACUUUCAACCAUGUCGUCAUCAUCAUCUUCCCCACCAAACAUACCUACAACUUCAUCAUGGCUGAGUUCAGCUAACCUACAUGAAAUGUCCCAGCGCUGGGAAAACAAUUACCUAUGGCCCCGGGCAUUUCCCAUGACUCCUAUUCCAACAACAAACUGGGCCAACAUGCCCAGCGUUUUCCCUUGCUCUCACGUGGGACACCCAUCGCCACCCAGGAGCAAUACAGGCUCCAAUAAAAACAGGACCGAACAUCAUCACAAUACAAAAUAG